AUGUUCAGUUUAAAAGGCGCACACGCUACCUAUUUCUACUGCGAAAGCUGCGACGGGGAGUACCAUACAGAAUAUGAAAAGGCUCCAAUUGAGAUCAAACAUCCUCUUCAUCAGAAACAUUCUCUUCAGCUUGCAUGGAAGACUGGCAAUAAGACCAGAGAAUGCUACUGUUGUGAUGAAGACCUUAUAGAGGUAUUUUAUUAUUGUUCUGCCUGCGAUUUUGCUAUGAAUAUAGAUUGCGUGGCGAAUCCACCAGAAUUAUAUAUACCCCCUCUGAAGUGGCAUGAGCAUAAACUUGCUCUCUUUCCAAGACGGGCAUCGCUGACUUGCAAAGUCUGCGCCUUGGCCGAUUUAAGCUCUCCUAUCUAUAUGUGUCCCCCUUGUGACUUUGUGGUUCAUCUAAGAUGUAUCAAGUUACCACGUGUCAUAAGGAUAUCUCGCCAUCCCCAUCGUAUCUCUUUUAUGCCUUUUAAUGACCAUGGAGAUUGGUCUUGUAAUGUUUGUCGCAAAGAGAUCAACAAUGACUAUGGGUUUUAUUCUUGCAUCAAGAACGGUUGCUGGUAUGCGGCUCAUACAAGAUGUGCCACGCAAAGCAAUGUGUGGGAUGGCAUAAAUCUGGAGGGACAUCCAGAAGAAAUGGAAGAAGAAGUGGUUGAGCCGUUUGUGACGAUCAGCGAUGGAAUUAUACGACAUUUCAGUCAUGAGCAUCAUCAUUUGAGACUUGAUGAGAAAAUUGACAGAGAUUACGAUGAGAAUAAGCAGUGUCAAGGAUGCGUCAUGCCAGUCUAUUUCGGUAGCUUCUACUCUUGUGUGCAAUGUGAGUUUGUUCUACAUGAAACAUGUGCCAAUCUUCCUCGCAAAAUCUAUCACCCCAUACGUCCGCAUCUUCAUGUCAUAUAA